AACGUGCGUCACGUGACUCUCCGUUUCAGGAGGAAAGAGCGUGAGGUGUUCUUCUGGCUUUCAUCAGCUGGAGCUUCACUACUUCCACUAUUCACCAUCAUCAUCAUCAUCAUCUACUGUGUGUUUAUUAGGUUACACAGACUGAAUCUCGAGUUUAUGAAGGCUGCUGGUGUUGGAGUUGUGCGGAUAUGGGGCGGAUUCAGGUGCUUCUGCUGCUCUUCGUGUGUGUGUGGGGUCAGUUCACAGUGGUGAUCAGAGCAGAGUCUCUUUGUGGCGUGGCUCCACAGUUUAAACCCAGCGCAGUUUGGACUGACAUUUGGGAGCCACUGGGCUCCAGGGUUGAACUGAACUGCACAGCACUUAUGGUUUACAAUAUGAGUGAAUAUAGCUGUGUGCCCGAUCUGCAGUGGACGAAAGAUGGACAACCUCUCACCAACCUUAGUGCCCUCACCCAGAACAUGUCUUGGAUAGCUGAUGACUACCAUCAUGGUCUGAGCAGUAUUCUGACUCUGAGCUUGAAGACACAGAACGACUUUGGUCUCUACCGCUGUAAAAUAUGGAACAGCACAGUCACCUUUAACAUCCAGAGCACCACUUUCCCCAGUCAUACAGGGGCAGUGGUGGCAUCUGUGAUCUUGCUUCUUUCAUUAGCCCUGGCUGCCUUAAUCUAUUCCAAGUGCCACCUGAACUUCAGACUCUGGUAUAAAAACAGAUACGGAGACUAUGAAAUCGACGAUGGCAAAAUGUACGAUGCCUACAUCUCAUACAUAAACAGUGAGAAUGACCGGAAAUUUGUCAAUUUUAUCCUGAAACCUCACCUGGAGAAUAAGUAUGGUCACAAAUUACUGCUUAACGACACAGACAUCCUCCCUGGAGCAGAGCCAUCUGCAGAGAUGCUAAUGGACAGUAGUCGAUGCCGGAGGCUCAUUGUGGUUCUGUCACAUCCCUACCUGGAACAGGAAUGGUGCACCACCAACUUCAAACAGGGCUUAUUCCAUCUGCUGGAGCUUUCUAGGAAGCCCAUCUUCAUCAUCUUCCAGUCUCAGCAGAAGCAUGUAAGUGUGGACAUUAUCCAGCAGCUCCGAGAGCACCAGGCACGCAUCACCACUCUGAUCUGGGGAGCACACUCUAUGACCCCAUCAUCUGGGUUUUGGAAAGAGCUGGCUUUAGCUAUGCCACGUAAGGUGGUUUUCCACACCAAGUCUUCUGGAGAUCCUCAGACUUUGCUUCAAGAUGAUAAAGACCCUAUGCUCACCCUACAGCCUGAUUAUCUGGACUGUAGACCAGACCCAGACCCUGCUGGAGACCUGGGAUUGCGGUUGCCUAUCUACAAAUCUCUACCAUCCAAAGCUCCAGUACUACCUGCAGCCCCUGAUCCAGCAACUGAAACCAAACCUCCAGAGAUAGACGUGUCUGACUUGGGUUUGAGGAACUACGCUGCCAGAACCGAUUUUUACUGCCUGGUCACAGAGGAUGAUAUAUAAGCCUCAGUCACACAUUUCUAUUUUCUUAUUUCACUCCGUUUGCUCCAGGGAUGAAUGAAAGUUCUUAAUCAUUUCAUGAGUCAUUUUUCCUUUGUAUUUUCUGUAAGGGUUCAUGUAUGGAGUCAAAAAAGGGUCAUAAAGAUUUUGA